CAGUUCACCAUUUGACCCGGGGAGAAGCAGCGUCGCCAUUUUGGUUCGUAAGGGGGGCCUGCUGUCACCACGUGAAGGCGAGGAGCCCCAGACAGCGAAGUUCGGGGGGCUUUUACGAUACAACAGACAAUCCGGUUAGAGGAUCACGGAGUGCGAUUCAUGAUCAGAGCAAAGUCACAGCUAUCACCAUUCAGCAAGAACAAUGCCCUCGAUAACUCUGCCGCCGAAGGAGAACGCGCUCUUUAAGAGAAUAUUGAGAUGCUACGAACACAAGCAAUACAGAAAUGGGCUCAAGUUUUGCAAACAGAUCCUGUCCAAUCCAAAGUUUGCCGAACAUGGCGAGACCCUAGCAAUGAAGGGACUGACUCUGAACUGCUUGGGUCGAAAAGAGGAGGCAUAUGACCUAGUGCGAAGAGGUUUACGAAAUGAUCUGAAGAGUCAUGUCUGUUGGCACGUGUAUGGUUUGCUUCAGCGCUCGGAUAAGAAGUAUGAUGAGGCCAUCAAGUGCUACAGGAAUGCCCUAAAAUGGGACAAAGACAAUCUGCAAAUCCUCAGAGAUCUCUCACUGCUGCAGAUCCAAAUGAGGGACCUCGAGGGUUAUAGGGAGACCAGGUACCAGUUACUGCAGUUGCGACCAGCCCAGAGAGCCUCCUGGAUAGGUUAUGCCAUCGCAUAUCAUCUUCUGGAAGAUUACGAAAUGGCAGCCAAGAUUGUAGAAGAGUUUCGCAAAACACAGCAGACAUCUCCAGAUAAACUGGAUUAUGAGUACAGCGAGCUGUUGUUGUAUCAGAACCGGCUUUUGAGGGAAGCUGGCCUUUUCAAAGAGGCUCUCGAUCACCUGACCAACUAUGAAAAACAAAUCUGUGACAAACUGGCCGUAGAGGAGACGCGAGGAGAACUGCUGCUGAGUUUGGAUUGGGCUGGUGAAGCUUCAGAGGUCUAUCAUCAACUGCUGGAGAGAAACCCUGAGAACUGGAGCUACUAUCAAGGGCUAGAGAAAGCACUCAAACCAAAGAGUGUAGAGGAGAAGCAGAAAAUCUAUGAAGAUGCCUGGAUUAAGUAUCCUAAGGGCCUGGUGCCAAGAAGACUUCCCCUCAGCUUCCUCACUGGUGAGAAGUUCAGGGAGUGUUUGGAUCGGUACCUGAGGAUGAAUUUUAGCAAGGGAUGCCCGCCUGUUUUUACCACUCUCAAGUCACUGUACCAUGAUAAAGACAAGGUGGCAAUAAUUGAAGAAUUAGUCGUUGGCUACGAAAAAAGUUUGAGGACCUGUAAAAUGUUCAACCAAAAUGAUGAUGGUAAAACUGAGCCUCCAACUUCCCUACUAUGGGUUCAGUAUUUCCUGGCCCAGCAUUUCAACCAUAUCGGCAAACAGACGCUUGCUCUUGAACACAUCAACGCUGCCAUUGAAAGCACCCCCACCCUCAUAGAGCUCUUUCUCAUUAAGGCAAAGAUAUACAAGCAUGCUGGUAACAUCCGUGAAGCCGCUCGCUGGAUGGACGAAGCCCAGGCUCUCGACACCGCCGACCGAUUCAUCAACUACAAGUGUGCCAAGUAUUUACUCAAGGCUGGUCUUAUCAAAGAGGCUGAGGAGAUGUGUUCGAAGUUCACACGGGAAGGUACCUCUGCCGUAGAGAAUCUGAACGAGAUGCAGUGCAUGUGGUUCCAGACUGAAUGUGCGCUGGCCUACAAGUCCUUAAACAAAUUUGGAGAUGCACUGAAGAAGUGCCAUGAAAUUGAGAGACAUUUUGUUGAGAUAACGGACGACCAGUUUGAUUUCCACACAUACUGUAUGAGAAAGAUGACCCUGCGCUCCUACGUGGAUCUGCUUAAACUAGAGGAUGUGUUGCGCUUGCACCCCUUCUACUUCAAGGCAGCACGCACGGCCAUUGAGAUCUACCUCAGCCUACACGAUAACCCGCUAUCCGACGACAACAAGGAGUCACAGGCCGAUAACGCCAACCUUACAGACAAGGAGCUGAAGAAAUUGCGUAACAAGCAGAGGCGUGCCCAAAAGAAGGCCCAAUUAGAGGAGGAAAAGAAGAACGCUGAGAAAGAGAAACAGCUGAAGAACCAAAAAAAGAAAAAGGAAGAAGAUGAGGAAGAAAUUGGUGGACCUAAAGAGGAACUCGUACCAGAAAAACUAGCAAAGGUUGAAAGUCCUUUGGAGGAAGCGGUGAAGUUCCUGACUCCCCUGAAGAACUUGGUUAAGAAUAAAAUAGAGACGCACCUGCUGGCCUUCGAGAUCUACCUCAGGAAAGAAAAGUAUCUUUUGAUGCUGCAGUCGGUCAAGAGAGCUCACUCGUUGGACCCAGAUCACCCAUGGCUCCACCAGUGUUUGGUGCGGUUUUUCAAAGGAGUGUCGGACAACAAGGACAUGCCGGAGGCAGUGCAGACGGUUAUAAAGCAGGAGAUCACAAAACUUUUUGGAGAAAGUGACCCUAAAACCUUCAACAAAAACUUCCUGAGCAAGCAUGUCAAUUCUAUACCACAUAGACUUGCAGCUGCUAAGAUGAUGGUCUAUCUGGACCCUUCCACUGAGGCGAAGGCUGCUGAUCUGGCAACCUCUUUAAACGAAUCCCUAACAGGCAGAGCCAUUCAGAUAUGCACCGAGGUGCUCCAGGCUUUGAGGGAAAACAGUUUGGGGUCACACCAGGAGAAAGUUCUGGAAUCAUACCGUGCGUCAUGUCACGGCCUUUACCCCUACGCCCUGGCCUUCAUGCCCCCUGGUUACCAGGACAACUCUGCACUGACCACUAAUGGAGAUCUGUCAUCCUGCGACCACGAGGACAUGCCCAAUGAGAUGUGAGCAUUUCAGGAAGGAGCAGGGAGGCCGUUUUAUGGCCAUCAGCAUUUUGAGACGAGACGCCCCACGGAGGUUGAGACUCUACUGCACUAAUGAGACCACAGUAACCUUCCGCCUUCGCUUCAAACUCAAUGGAGCGAAUGAGCAAUAGGGGGAAAAACCUGUUUUACUCCUUUUUUUUUCUUUCUUUCUAUGGGUUUUUUAAUAAAUACAGCCAAUUUGGCUCUUACGCUAAAACAGAACAAACGGUAUUACAGAAAAAGCGAAAGAUGUCAAAAUGAACUUAUUGGACCUAACUAAUGUUUAUAAGACAUGCAUCCGUUUCAUGUUUUAAAGAGUAAUUUAUAUAAAAGAAGAAUAUUAAAGAGAACAAAAUAGUAUCAAGAGGAGCAAUACUUCUGGUCCAGGUUUGACUUGCGCGGUCGUGUGCCAAACCUGUGGGGCGAAGCCUUAGAUGCGGAUAACGGCACCUGUUGUUGAGGGUUCUGGGCGGGGAGGGGGUGGUCAGGGUGAGUGUGGCAAUGAAUAAACGUGACAUUGAGUUGCUGGGCACAAAGCAGUUCCAGGAUCAGCUACCAGGGGAGCCGGCAGUCGAAGCCCAACAGCUAGCAGGAGAGAAGUGCGAUGCUCAGCCAAUAAACUGAUAAACGAGUUGAUGGGAAGGUCACCGGGAGUGCCGAGGAGAGGCAUACAUGCAUCUCUUUAUUUUUCCUCUUUCAUCGUCUGCUGCCUUUAGGUUUAUUCACUGAAUGUCUCAGCUGUGGCGUUGGCUUUUGUUGGGCUUGUAAGACUUGUACUGUGACUGUUUCUUUUGGGUUUGUUUGGCUUAUUUUAUUCCCCCCCCCCACUCAUUGUUUGGGUUCCCAUGCUGGUUUCAACCUUUCUGUUUUUUGAUUUCUGAGUUUUUCUUUUCCAUAAUACAAGACGCAAACAUACCACUGUCUGAAUUCUGAGAACAUGUUUUGUCAUUUCACACUCACACUGUUACAAAUAAAACAAAAUAACAGUACUGUGA